AUGCUGAAGGUGCGGCUGCGCAGGGCUUUGACCACAAGACUGCGCUGUGCAUCCUGCAACCACCUGCAGAGACAAUUCUCGGUAUCGGGAGGAGGCGCUGAUCGCAUCAAAGCUCGUGAGGCCGAGACCCAGGAGCAGGAGGAGGCGACCAAGGCGGAAGCUCAGGCAGAGGCGCAGCGGCGCCUCUUCCAGGCAUCUGCUGGUGCGAUGUCACUUCACUAUUGCCGAGACCAUGGGAUGAACAGCAUCUCUCGAUUUCUCCGCAAAAUCACUAUCGACAUGAGUUACACCUUCAGACACUGGCGUAGACACCAACGUGCUACGCGGCACCUGCUACUGUGGACACCUUCGAAGAUCAUCAAGUCUGACAACAUACGUCGACUGAUUUUUCCAGAUCUGGCUCUCAUCGGCGCAACAUCCAGCUUUAUUUGCUACUACAACAUCCACGCCGAUUUCUUUGCGAGCAUGCUUAGCCGAAGCGUUGAGGUGGCCCUGCCAAGCCUGCUGUCGCUUCCAGUAGAGUGCUUCACCCUGACUUCCGUGGCAUUGGGCCUGUUGGUGACUUUCAAGACCCAGACAAGUUAUCAGCGGUUUACCGAAGGUCGAUCACUUUGGGGUCUACUCAUCAAUGAAUCCCGGGCCAUGGCGAGCCGGGUUAUGGCCAGAGUGCCCUCGUCAACAGGCGUGUUGUGCUCAGACGUUGCGGAGGGCAAGAUUUAUGCAAUUAAGCUGAUCAGGACCCUGCCCGUGGUGCUGAAAUAUCACUUGACCGAGGAUGGAUGCAAUCCAAACAUUGAAAUCAAGCAGUGGACUUCGGAUCAGCAAAUCCGACAAGCCACCACUGCAGCGCUGAAAUGUGAGCUACAACAACUCUGGAAUCCGUACGAUGCAAAGCAGCGGAGCUUUACGGAACGCCUGAUUGAGGCGGAUGUUGCAAAUCGCCCGCUCUAUGUGUUGCAUGAGCUGCAGCACACCAGUGCAAGCAUUUUCUCCCAGCCGACUCUGGGAGGUUUGGAUCCAGUUGCUGCUACAGAAAUGGACCGAAGCCUAACCACCUUCCACAACGUGCUGGGCGCAUGUGAGAAGAUCCUGCGAACACCGAUUUAUACACCGUACACAAGGUUUACGAGCCGGUUCCUGUUCAUGUGGUGCAACUUCCU